AUGGCUCCCUCUUCAUCCGUGGGCUCCGAUGUCUUCGCUGUGCUUGCUUUACUGUCCAUUUCAGUAAUUGUGGUCCUCCUCCUUCGAUAUUACCUUCCCUUACGGGCAACCCCCGCUUACCUUCUGAUCCCUGUCUUCUUGGCUCUGGCUCUCCCAUCGUCCAUAGUCUUUCUGGUUCCCAUCGACUUAGCCUCAUCUUCUGGAACCGAUACCGAUGGACAAAGAGGCAUAUGGCUUCCCGAUAAUGUCAUGCUGGUAGCUUGGAGGCUAGCAUACUGGCUUACCUUUUGCUUGACAUGGUUUGUACUUCCUCUACUCGGCGAAUACUGCGAUUCUGGUUACAGAGAACCAAAAGACCGCUUCAUCUACUCCCUCCGAUCCAAUGCACGCUAUCAACUCAUUACACUAUCCCUUGGAACCGCUGGUGCUGUCUACUUCUUUUGGCAGAACCGCCAUGAUGAUACUACGACGAGAGCCACAACACUCAAAGCACUGGUAAUGGCCAUGGCAUAUGCGUACGGUCUGGUGCUAGCCAUCUAUCUUAUGGGUCACGGACUUGUCGCCAUCCCACGUCGUCUGAUCAGGGAUGCUAGCGUCAGUGCCAGAUUGAAGAGGCUUCAGAGCCAUGCGCCAGGUAUACAUGACAAGCUGGACGAGGCUAUCGAGGACCUACACCAGGUUGAGACCCAGGUCCUUCAGCUACGUCAGCGCAAAAAUACAAUGUCUAGGGACUUGCAAGAUUGGGUGGAAGAACUUUACGAUAUGUCCAGUCUGCCUGAAUCUCGCCCGCCUGGCACUUAUGCCUCUGUACCUGCACCUCCUCCCGUGGUAACGGAGAGAUAUCUGGCAGAACUAUCUCGAAAAGUAAAACGCGCCCGGCACAAGCGCGCACGCUUCACUGGCGAAUGGAAUCAUCUUGUCAGGCAGGCUGCUAGAUUACAGUCGCUCCUCGAUUUGUCGUCAUCACAACGUCCGAAAGCAGCAAACAUGCGCUAUCAUCUCCAGGUUCAUGUCUUGCCUGCUCUUCGUGUUAUUGCAGGAAUCUUCCUUGCAUGUGCAUCUGUCGUCUUGCUCUGGUCAGAAGUAGUGCACGAGAUGGAUUCGAAGCUCUCGUUAGUUGGCAUGAGUGUUGUCCAUCAUCCCUCAAGCUCUCGUGGGCAGAUUGGUUUCGCUGGUCAGAUGAUCUCAGCUGCGUGGUUGCUGUACAUGUGUGCCGCAGCCUUGUACUCCGUCACAGAAGUCAAGGUCUGGGGCAAUCGUGCGCUUGUACGCCGUCAGACAUAUGCCGAGAGUGCAUGUUGGUACAGCUUGCAGGUGGCCAAGCUCACGGUCCCUCUAAGUUUCAACUUCAUCACGAUGAUCGAUCCAACAAUCAGCGAGGGUACCACCUUCUUCCGAUUCCUUGGGCGCUUGAUCAACCUCACUCCGGUGAUUGGUAACUUUUCGGCUUAUUUCCCGAUUGUUGUUCUGAUACCUGUCGUUGCAACACUUUUCAACCUCUAUGGCAAGGUCAAGAAUGUUGUCGGCUUUGGUGUACUCGAAGACGAACAUGACGAGCCAGGAGCAGGUACUUGGCGCGAGGGUCGUAUUCUCAUCGAACGCGAGCUCCAAGCCGACGGAUCACAACUAAAUUUGGCAUCUUCCAGUCUGUUGUCAUCAGCUGAACCAUCGCCACGCCACAGUGCCGACCUCAACCGACCAUCCCGAAUGAACAACAAUACCCGUGCUUCUGCGGCAAGAAGAGCUGCUGCGAGAAUGCCUGACGAGGAUGAAGAUACAAGUGAAAGAGCUUUCUUCCAGGAUGUUGGUCAGCGCAUGCGCAAUACCUUCGAUACAGUGGGAACGCCAGCCUGGCUCCGAGAAAUUGGGGAGGGUUUUAAGAAACCUAGAUGGAUGGGCGGGAACAACAAUGAAGGUGCUCAAAGCUCCAGUGAUGGUGGCAACUUCUUCGGAAAGCUGUUUGGCGGUAGCAGCAGCAACGAUGGCAACAUCAGGUUGUAG